AUUUGUUGCCAUAUAAUGGAAAAGAAAAAACAAAAAACAUCUGGUUAACAUUAUUUUAUGAAAAAAGGAAAAAGAAAAGGAAUCAGAUAUUCUAAAUUCUAAAAAGAAAAGAAAUACUAACAUAAAUAGUAGUCUUCCUGCUUGUAAAUCUGCAGCAAUUGUGACAGUUGUACUCCCGGACAUGGCUGUUGCCACAAAUUCCAACGACUGCUACUAGCACCAGAGUCAUUUUUCUCUGCGUUUUUUGAUUUAUAUGCAUACAAGGACAAUGGAUUUUUAGGGUUGUGGUUAAAGAGGGAAAUAAGGAAAGAUAAAAAUUUCUGUCUGAAAUUCGAGAAAUCAAGUGAUGGAGGGAAGUGGUGAAGCGGGUUUUGUGAGAGCAGAUCGUAUAGAUCUGAAGAGCUUAGACGAGCAGCUACAGAGGCAUCUAAGCCGAGCAUGGACUAUGGAGAAGCAAAAGAGCAACAAAGGAGGAGAAUCAGACAAGGACAGAGAGAUCCCUAUUAAACAUGCUUGGGAAAUUGACCCUUCUAAGCUCAUCAUCAAAACUGUCAUUGCUCGUGGCACCUUCGGUACCGUUCAUCGUGGCAUCUAUGAUGGCCAAGAUGUAGCAGUAAAGCUUCUUGAUUGGGGAGAAGAAGGCCAGAGGUCUCAGGCUGAGGUUUCUUCGGUCAGAGCAGCUUUUACACAAGAAGUUUCCGUAUGGCACAGGCUUGAUCAUCCUAAUGUCACAAAAUUUAUAGGAGCUGCAAUGGGCACACCAGAUCUUAACAUACAGACUGAGAAUGGUUUCAUUGGCAUUCCACGGAACCUUUGUUGUGUGGUGGUUGAAUACCUUCCUGGGGGUACGCUCAAAUCAUUUCUCAUCAAGAACCAUAGGAGGAAAUUGGCCUUCAAAGUUGUGGUCCAACUGGCGCUGGAUCUAGCACGGGGGUUAUGUUAUCUUCAUUCUGAGAAGAUUGUCCAUAGGGAUGUCAAGACGGAGAAUAUGCUUCUUGACCGGAAUCGUACUCUAAAAAUAGCUGAUUUUGGGGUUGCUCGUGUUGAAGCUUCAAAUCCUAAUGAUAUGACUGGUGAGACUGGAACCCUAGGUUACAUGGCACCUGAGGUUCUUAAUGGCAACCCCUAUAACCGAAAGUGUGAUGUAUAUAGCUUUGGCAUUUGCCUCUGGGAGAUAUAUUGCUGUGACAUGCCAUAUCCAGAUCUGAGCUUCUCAGAAGUGACAACAGCUGUUGUCCGACAGAAUUUGAGGCCAGAAGUACCUCGUUGUUGCCCUAGUUCUUUGGCAAAUGUAAUGAGGCGGUGUUGGGAUGCUAGCCCUGAUAAACGGCCAGAAAUGGACGAAGUGGUAUCCUUGUUGGAAACGAUUGACACGUCAAAGGGAGGUGGGAUGAUCCCUGUUGAUCAACGGAAGGGCUGCUUCUGGUUCAGGAAACGCCGAGGUCCUUGAGAAGAGAAUCUCCAGCUAGAAAUGGUUUGCGGAUUAGAACCGAGGUUCUGGGUAUUGGUUCAUAGUCAAUUGAGGAGAAAAGAAUGGAAAAACAUGGAGCAUAGUUUUUAGAAGAUUUAAGAUCUCGAGUUUUCCGGAAGUGGAACUUAAAUGGCUGGUUAGGUAAAAGAUCUGAUACGUUCAUCAGCUCAUGCAUGUGCAGCGCUCUACCUUUUCAUCUUGGAAAUCAAUUGUCUUUUAAACACAAUUGACCGGUUAGUCUUGUUCUGAGCAAGCUCCAACCCACUCAAGGUAGAAUGUCUAGCAGUGGUGGAUCCAAGAUUUAGACUUGAUUUCAAUCUUUAGUGAUUUAGCAUUAAACUCGUACUUUUAAAAUUGGGAUUGGAAUUUAAUAUUUGUUGAACUUUUGUGGUUCUUUCUUCGUAUAUAUUUAUGUGUUGUGUUGA